UAUGCCUAUUGUUGAAUCAUAUCAAUGUACAGGAGUACCCUACCGUCUACAGCACAAUCAUUCUUCAAGUCGCCGCCCGUCUUCUUCCACACCCAGCGGAAAAGGCUUGUUGAUUCUAUGCAGGCACCAUUUAGCGCCACUCCAUAUCAUCUUGUUUCGCCCAAGAAAUUCUCAUUCCCACCUUUUUAUUCCAUCGCUUCAUACUUCACCACCGCAUUCCCCAGUGGUCCAAUCCCGUCCAUCCAUCCAUCAUCGCUUUCACUUCCUGAGAGUACAGAGUACACAGACUAUUUCUCUGCACCUUUUAACUUGACCUUUAAAUUUGAGUGAAAGACGAAAGUGCUUAGUUACUAAUACUGAUGCUGACUAACUACGUCAACUUUGUCCUUCGUCCAAGAGAGCUCUAUCUAUAUCCGUGCAUCUAUCAAUCUUAUUACCUGCCUAGGUCCUCUCAGUCCCUACCUCGCACUCUAUCUUCUUAAAUAUUUGUUAUACGGCAAGGUACAGGACCACAUUUUACAGCCAAUCCAUCCAUCAUACCCAACCGAACUCUCCCUCUCUCUCCUCGACCAUUUUCACAUUUACUUUUACCAACUUGAAAUUAUUUCCCGAAUCAUUCAUCUAAGCUUCAAGUGCAUAGUCUCAUUUAGCUUGCCAUUUUUCGAGCUCUCUCAACUCUCUCAUAAUCUUAUUUACUCUCUUUAUCAGUGACGAUUUAGAUAUUGCCCCAAUUUGGGUCAUUUGUCCAGGGUUUGUGCAUCUCCAAGUUAAUUCUAUAUGUAUGUUCUUGAGAGCUCACGAAUAGCCUCGUCCCAGUUCUACUCAUUGUCAUCUGGUGGUCCUUCCACAUUCGCCCUUUCUACAGUAUCAAGAAUUUACGUGUCAACUACACCCUUUCUGAUUCCAAACUGCUUCAUAUUCAAGCAAUCUCACAACCCCGAUUUUCUCUCAUGGGUCGAGACCUUGUCAUAAUCGUCCGGCAGCCUCGUAUAUAGCGCUUCUCGCACCUCGUUCUCGCGGGAAGCGCUCCAAUUCACAGCCCGAUACUUGAUCAUUUCGCCCACGAAUUUGUUUGCGGCGCAAUCGUCAUGACCAAGGCAAUUAAUGCUGGUACUAGCGUCGAAGGCUCAUCCAGUACCUUCCCCUCGCAAGAGAGCAAUGCCGUUGAGAAUGUAUGCUCGACUCACGACUCUCACGCUGUAAAUGCGAUGGAGAUCGUGUCUGAACCUCAGGCACCGGCUGAUGCGCCUGGGAGAGGAUUAGAGAAAGAAUUGUUAGCUCUUCGCGAUUCCGAAUCUCACCCUAUGGCCGCGACCAAUGCCACAUCUUCAAAUCGAUCGAACAAGGAUGCCGGAGCCAGCGGUAUUGGCGGCGCUGCCUAUGGCACUCGAUCGCGCAAUCGCACCGGUACAUCACGAAUCAAUUAUGCAGAAGACAAGGAGAUGGACGUGGACAUUGAAAUUGCAGCGCAAGAGAAAGAGGUGCGAAAGGCUGCUCGGGUCAAUGAUUCUCGCUCCUCGACAUCUACCGAUAAUGGUUCGUCGACAGCUACCACGAAAAAGACAGUCGCCUCUGAACCAGAAUCUGUCGCUACGACUCAGAAUAACAACAAGGAACCUAUUCCUGGCACCUCUACAUUUUCUGCGAAUCCGUCAGUAUCAACGACUCAAAAUUCCAAGAAAAAGAAACCUCCUGCUCAGACGGCCGCAGUCGCAGCUUCAUCUUCGUCGCAGAACGUUGUACAAAAUGGUUCGUUGGCACACACAACUACUCCUAGAGCGAGCAUGGCUAUGCACGAAUCAAACAUGUUGAGCUUCGAUAACUGUGGCGCACGUUUGAAGGAUGGGAAGCUUGUAGCUGAUGAUGGCACCGUUCUUUCAGUCAAUGGUAUGCAUACCAAGGCCAUGGAUACACCCGCUCCUCAACCAUACAUUUCGAAAUACUAACGCAUCAUCAGAUCACGUGUAUCUUGUUUGUGAACCCCCUGGGGAACCAUAUUAUCUUGGUCGAAUUAUGGAGUUUUUACAUAUCAAUAACGACGUCAAAGAGCCUAUUGACGCACUACGGCUUAACUGGUAUUACCGUCCCAAGGAAAUUGGGAAGAAGGUUAGUGACACACGUCAAGUAUUUGCAUCCAUGCAUUCCGACAUUAGUCCCCUCACAGCUUUACGUGGCAAAUGUCAGAUCAAGCACAAGGCCGAAGUUGAAAAGCUGGAUGUUUUGAGAUCGACGAAGGACAGCUUCUGGUACGACAAGCUGUACGAUCGUUACAUUCACCGAUACUACGAUGUAAUUCCCACUUUUCAGGUCAUAAAUGUACCAGAUCCAGUCAAGAAAGUCCUUGACGAGCGUUGGAAACACAUUAUUGUAGAAGCCGGGCGUGGCAAAGAGUUUACUAGUGCUGUGAAAACCUGUAAACGCUGCAGUAGGUACAGUGCAAGGUGCGUAUUUUCGAAUCCUAAAAUAUCUACCUGAGCUGAUUAUUUAGCAACGAUUCUGUUGACUGUGCAGUUUGUCAGAAUACCUAUCACAUGAGCUGCGUGAACCCACCACUGUUGAAGAAACCCUCGCGCGGCUUUGCUUGGGCCUGUGGACCUUGCAGCAAGGCUCAAGAAAAAAAACUCGAGGCUCGUAAUACCCCAAAUAUUAAUGAUGGAACCGUUGACGCCGAAGAUGACGAGAUGAAUGAGGAUGAAGACGAUCUACCCGUAGCACUAGGCGAUGCACUGGAUAAAAAUGGGAACACCUCAUCGGGGUCCCAAGAUGUUGAAAUGUCUAUUCAUCCAGGUACAGCGGAACAAGUUCAUCAGGCAAGCCUAUGGCUGUUUCGAUAUCUGGGAAUACACUGCAAGGUUGAAGAUGCACUGGACUACGACGAUCGUAUAUAUCCAAGGGCCAGCUCCAGAAUUGGGAACCGUCAUCAAGCCAAUGUCCCAGCAUGGCCUGGCAGACCUGUGGAGUAUGUCAAGGCCGUGGAAAUCAAGAAAAAAUACAUCAAGGGAGGGAGCAGUAGUCACAGGAAGGAUGCAAAGCUAUCAAAAGAGACUAUAGCUGCAUUAGAAGCCGACAAAAUUGCCCGUGAAAAAAGACCGAUCUGGGUCAUGGAUGAGCCAAAUGGAUAUAUUCCUCGUGGUGAUGAUGCACCCAACGAUGAUUCUAAAAAUACGGCGACUCUCCAGUUCAAAAUCCCAGAGGUCGGUGAGGCUUCUGUCAGAGCUGAACGGGGAAUGGACGACGGCCCUCCGUCCUUGGACGUCCCUGCGUAUGAGCAGCUGGUCAAUGAUUAUAUGAUUCGUGCGAAAGCAAUGGCUAAACCUUUAGGCUUACCGGAACGAUCAACCAAUUUGCUUGAUGUAGCCUUGCAACUGCUUUAUUCGAACAAUUUUGAUGUAGACAAAGCGCUCGAUGCACUUUCCAAAACCGACAAAAAGGCAUUCAAGGAGCCAGAGCUGACUUCGGCCGAACUUAAAAAAUUCGAGGAUGGCGUUACUAAAUUUGGGUCUGAAUGGCUUAGCAUUAAAAGACACGUGAAGACUAUGAGUCCUGCUGAUGUGGUACGUUUUUACUACACAUGGAAAAAGACGGACAGGGGAAAACAGGUAUGGGGUAAUUAUUCAGGACGAAAAGGCAAAAAGGAGGCCAAAAAGGCCGAGGCAGCUUUGGGAAAGUUACAGGAUGACAUUGCCGAUGAUCACGAUGAUUCUGCUUUCGAUAACGACAAGGUUUUACGGAAAAAGAAGGGAUUCCAGUGUAAGUUCUGUUCCGUCAGAAGCUCGCAGCGAUGGAGACGAGCUCCGAACACACCUGUUGGUACCACGGUACCUGAGAAUCCCAACAGCAAAGGAGCUGCGAAAGAGAAAGGCAACCAACUUGUAUUGGCGUUAUGUCAGAGAUGCGCUGAACUCUGGCGCCGCUAUGCGAUACAGUAUGAGGACAUUGAAGAAGUAGCCAAAAAGGUGGCAGCUUCAGGAGGACGAGCUUCGAAACGGAAAAUGGAUGAAGAGUUUCUUAGGGAGCUUAAAGCUGCAAACGAGGGCUUUGGGCAGCCUGAUGUUCUUCCCACCACAGCACCUGUAUCGGCUCAUAGUACGCCCGCGCCCGCGCCUCCUGUUCCGACAACGUCGGAACCACCUAAGAAGAAAGUCAAACCCAGUUUAGACACUUCGGAUUCUGUGCUCGAAAAUGGUGCCCUAGUAACGCCAGCACAGCUGAAAAAGAAACCAAUAGUCGAGAAACCUCCCGCCCCUCCGCCUCCUCCCCCGGAACCCCCCAAGCCAAAACUUCUUCCGUGUGCUGUUUGUGGCCAGAUGGAGCCAUUGGGAGACCAACAUCUUUCUUGCAAAGAAUGUAGAAUGGCUGUGCAUCGCAAUUGCUAUGGAGUUGUUGAUAACCGAAGUCCCAACAAAUGGACUUGUGACAUGUGCCAGAACGAUAAAGAUCCCAAAGUGUCGAUAGUGAGUACAUUCAAUCUUUCUUUGUUAUAUUUGUGUCAUCGCUCACCAUUUCAGCAAUACAAAUGCAUGCUUUGCCCAGUAGAGUCCACAGAGCAUGAUUUCGUGGAACCGCCUAGGAUCUCUCAUAAGAAGAAAACCGAAAAGGAGCGCGAGCGCGAUCGCGUAGAAAGAGAAAAUGCACAGAAAGCUGCAGACUACUUUCGAAAAAAGCAAGAAGAAUACAACAAACCCGUUAACCCUCGAGAGCCAUUGAAGCGCACGGCUAAUAACAACUGGGUACACGUCACCUGUGCUGUAUUCACACCCGAAGUAAAGUUCGGAGAUGCGAAAGCGCUCGUCCCGUCUGAAGGAAUUCCUUCAAUCCCUUCGAGUAGGUACGAUGAGGUUUGCAAGGCAUGUAAAAAGAAAGGUGGUGCCUGUGUGAAUUGCCACUCAUGUCGAGCUCCAGGUAAGAGUCACUUUACACAUCCAUAUUGUCAUGUUACUAAAGCAUUGCAGUACACGUGGAAUGUGCGCAUCAGAAUGGGUACAUCUUGGGCUUUGAUAUCGCGCCCGUGAAGGGAUCUCGCCGCGAUCAACACAAUAUCGUCAAUAUCAAUGGUGAGAUGGGCGCCAUGUCUGCCGCUAUCUGGUGUAAGGAGCAUGUGCCGACCAAGACUAUUGUGCAUCGCAUGCAUGAUAUCGUUGACGAAACGGGUCUCAAUGCUUUACAACUCUUUGUACAAAACUUUAAACAGGCAGACUUGGCAUUGACCGGCACAGUCCGAAAAGCGAACCUUGUCAAUCAAUCUACUAGAGCGGCCAGUUCUGUCCACUUUGCCACGUCCCAAAAUCGUAGGACGUCGACGACGGGAGCUUCCAUAACGACCCCCGUUAACAGACGUGCUUCUUUGGCAUCAAUAAAAGUUGAGGAUUCGCCAGUGAGCACCUCACUUCCGUCACGCGAUUCAGAGAGAAUAUGUGUCACCUGCAGUGUUGAUAUAAGCCCUAAAUGGUGGCCGAUGAUUGAACCUCCUGUUACGACCAAGAGUCCUGCACUUCCCCUUGACGCGAUACUAGGUCACGAUCCUACAAAAUCGGAAAGCCCUGGUCUCACCAAUGGUCACUUACCUAACGGACUAACGGGUGAAAGAAAUGGAGUUCAUGUUGCACUCGCAGCUGCGGCCUUAGAUCAAAAUACAAAAAAGCCGGCUCCGGUACCUACGGAAUUUCAAUGUCACCAAUGUCACUGGAAGAAGAUUCGAAAACAACCCACGCCCACACCGACCCCUCCACCCAUUCCUAUACCAAUAACAAGCGAUCGCGAGGUUUCCCGACCUCCGGCACCCCCUCCCAUUUCCACUGCUGCACCCGUCAUUGCGAGUAUUUCUCAACCUGAGCAUGAGCGAAACCAUACGCCUCAUCAAUAUCCAUGGCCCCCUCAACCUCCUUCAUACGCUGCCACUGCUCCAUCGUAUCCAUCUAAUGCUCCAUAUAACAACUGGCCACGCCACUCCCCUGUGCCAGCUAACGUCGCUGUCGUACAUCAAGUCAAUGGCAAUCAUUCACCAAGGAUGCCUGGAGUUGCGCCACAACUUGGAGGGCCACCUCAUAAUCGACAGCCUGUGCAAGGUCUACAGCCAUCCCCCCACCAAAAUGGACGCUUGUCGCAAACGCCCAACGGCUACCCACCAUCCCCUCACCGACUUCCUGGACCACCACCUAUUCACAUGCAGAACGGAGGGUACGGGUCAUAUGUCUCCAAUAGACCCGCUCCUCACCAUUUAACCAACGGCGGACCGCCCCCUCGCGCUCCGGAACACCCAUUCUCGCAAAGUAGCGCGCCAAUGCAUCCUCGCCCCUACGGUCCACCGCACGGCCCAUCACACGGUAGCCCACCACUCAACCGGCAACUGAAUGGUGUCCCUCCCCAAUUAAAUGGUGCGAGACCGAAUGAUAAUCGCGUUAAUGGUGGAGCAAGCGCAAGUCCAUCACUGCGGAAUUUGCUUUCUUAGAAGAGGGUUGGUUGGCCAAAAACACACACGUAUCAUCCAGGCCUUUUAGUUGGCGUUUACUGUUUUAUCUCGUUUAUGUACUGUAUGAUCCCAGUGUUACAAAUUCAGGCGUUCGUUUUAUGGUGGCCAUUCCUUUUUCCAGGAGCAUGGCGUUUAGAGACAACCACAAUGUAAAAUAGAUUAUCCAAGAUGAUUGGAGGUGGGAAACUAGAAUCAUUCAUGGGAAACGGUAAGAUGGGCUGGUUCAAAAAUGGGAGGACGGUCCAUAGUAUAUCAGAAAUACAAACAACCUCGUGUACAAACCCAAAUUGUGACGAGUUGCCGGUCUUGGAAGGCAAGAC